AGGACGAAAGACUCUGCCGUUGGACGCAGGAUCCCUGUAGCCUCACUUGGUCUGGAAGCCACGGAGGGCGCGCAAGCAGCUACGAGGAGUUCCAGCGCCUAGAUUCGGAGCACGCCAACAGGGGAAUAUCGCUACAGAAGGCAUCGGACUUGGACGUUACCUGGAUUAUACCGUGUACCUGAAGAACUAGUCCUCGUUCCUGCGGUAAUUAGCAUCAGUGUUUGUGUAUUAGCCUCAAAAGAAAAUUGUAGUUACAUUCGUGACGUGUGGUAAAGGAAAUCCUUUAAGGAGACUGUGCCUGAUCAAGUGGAUGUCGGUGUUAGUGCGCGGAAAAUGUCACACGUUCUCGUGAAUGCUUCGUGACGCCCUCAGGUGUUUGUGGUCUGAGCGCUGGUAACACACGUAUCGUUACGCCCUAAUCUUUCGGAUGUAUAACAUGACGACUAUUAGGAUUCCUCUGCAUCUAGUCCUCAGCAGUAUUAGUGAGAGCGAGGCCAGUGGAAGCAGCACGCUAGUGUCACCAGUACAACACCGUCGUCGGGCGAACCACGGCCUGCCCGCCAAGCAUCCUCAUCGCCGCAGGAAGGUGAGCGCACCGCCAGAGUUGCAGUCGCACUUUGGAGUUUCUCCACACACUCACUACGCCCACGCCCACACCCACGCCCACAACAUCCAAGGCCACGGCGGUGCGAAUCCCGACCACGCGGACACUUCCGCCAACUCCGAGUAUAUCCUGAAUUUCCCUGGACAUAAACACUUGUCGGGGACCUUCCACAGCGGCUCGGACUCUGGAGUACCGUCCGAGUAUUCUUCGUGGGCUGCUCCCGUGUCUGGAACCAUCCAUCGGGAGGGUUCCGCCCCUAGCGAGUUACCUUCGGGCUCUGCCAACGACCUCGCAAACCAACGCCAGCCGAUCGAUCCCCAGGAGGUGACUUUCUACCAGUCCGACUCCGACUGCGAGAGUUUGGACGGACUGCAGUCUCCUCAGAGGCAGCGUAAGCCUGGCGGUGGUAGAGGGAUGAGCAACCAAGGUUACGUUAAUACAGAACCCGCGCCAGUGGUGCUCCCCGUGGGCUCUCCUCCACCCUUCAAUCGCAUCCCAACGGAACCCAGCAUGAAUUCUCCACCUCCUUCUAUUUCGGGUAUGCCCAUGGGCCAUUCUCGUAGACACAGCAUGGUCCUCCAGCUCAACCUCCAGGGUGCUCCACCUCCGGUGCAUUCAAUGCCCCAUUCUACAAGAGGGCGGUCAGUUUCCAUGGUGUCAUUAAAUGCCAACCAGCCAAUGCCAAACAUGUAUCCCAGUCUACACGACACGCAGUCCAUGUACAGCGAGGUCGGCUACGGGCAACACGUUGGCUUCUCUGGCGGGCAUCAUAUGGAGUCUCAAGGGUCUCUCUCCGGCGGAGGGAUGAAGAUCGUGGACAGUCAACAAACACUAGUUGCUGGCCACAACGAACACGUCUCCAACCAUCCCGACAUGCUUGACCCGGACGCCCCACAACCCACUGAAGAAGGAGAGAAAAAAUCUAGGUUCCAGCUUACCUUAAGUAAAAAUAUGAGCAUAAUGUAUGCGGUAUUUUUGGUCUCGCUAGGAAUCGUCAUAUACUUAGCCGACACCUUCAGCGGCCACGAUUCAGCAAUAGCAGAGGGUUUCAACGUUUAUUUAAUUGUAGCACAAUUGGUGUGGUUAUUCUACGUCCAUGUAGAUGUCCGACGUUACGUCAACCUCAUCUCUAGAGCGCUUGAUGAGGCCAAGACGAAACAAGUCAACAAGGACGAACAGGUGCAGUUGGAGCCAACGGGUGACGGUCAGUACCAGCUGAGGAUCAACGUGCCGGAGGCCCCCAGGACCAUCCCCCAGCACUAUGGCUUCACCUCCGGCAGGCACGGUGGCUCCCUCUACCUGAAGAUUGGCGCUACAGUUUUCUGCCUGGGUUACCUGAUUCACACCGGUCUGAACCUUGGUCAGAAGAUCUUAUACCUGGCUGAGGACGAUCCUCUCUUUGACAACUGCACCUGCACCACUGACGUAGUCAUGUCCGUCCUCCAGCCUGUGUACGCCUUUUAUCAGCUCUUCUUCAUCUUCAAGUACUCCAACCUGAUAAUCAACCGUCGCCUAGUUUUGUCGAGAUUUGGCAUCAUGCACUGCAUCGCCUCCUCCUUGUGCUUCUGGAUCUAUACCAUCUUGCAAGAAACUCUCCAAGCGAUCUUCUUGAAAAAGCUUUCGGAGAAAUCCAACGCUGAAGCUUCGGCCGCCGCAAAGUUAGUAACGCCUGGUGAUGAGGACGACUCCGAUGAAAUGGAUGAAGAUGAUCUUAGCAACUUCACUGGCCGGAAGAUCUCAGCGGCCUCGGCUACCACUUGGUCCAUCAACUACGGUUGUGAGAAGGACACUCAUCUAUCCUCCAUGAUCAACACCACCACCCCGUACCUUUACCCGUUCAGCAUAGAGUUCAGCAUCCUGAUGGUCGGCUUGUGGAUCCUCCUCUGGGAGAACAUCGGCAAGUUCGAGCGACACACGCACAUCCCUUCCGUUGAGGUCACUUACGAAGAAGACAACAGCAAAUCUCUAACAUCCAACCUCAUCAUAUAUGUCGACUGCCACGCUUCUAACCGUGGACUGUUCGCUGGUCUGCUCAUGACUGUCGCUACAAUUAUAUCUAUCAUCCUCUUCUUCAUCUUUUCGACGUCUGAGGACACCAAGCAGCUGGGAUCUUAUGUCAACGGCAUCAGCGAAGUCGUCUUGCUCUCCUGUAUGUUAAUCACAGCUUUCAUCGCGUACAAUUCGAUACGAAUCCUGGACAUCAUAAAAGACAAACUGAGCAGCGUCGACGACAUCCUGUUGUACGUGUCUCUGCCUUGCAUCUUCCUCUACGCCUUCUUGAGCAUGGUGCCGGCUAUCAAGAAUGGCGAGGUGCUCUUAGCUACCGUCUCCAUCAUACAAGUGUGUCAGGUGAUACUACAGACGGCGCUCAUCUGCGAUGGUCUAAGGCGGUGCUCCAACUCGCAGAGGCUUCAGAACAAGAAGCCGGGCCGGGAGUUCCUCACCUACCUGGUGGUGGCCAACGUGGCCAUGUGGCUACUGCAGACCUUCGAGAUUAAGAGCGAAGAAGGCAACUCCGCUCUGUAUAAGUUCUACGGCAAGGAGCUGUGGACGUUACUCUCGCACUUGACACUGCCACUCGCUCUCUUCUACCGGUUCCACUCCUCAGUGUGUCUUGCGGACAUGUGGAAGGCGUCGUAUGAGGCCGAGGAGGGUCAUUAGAUGGAACCGUUGAGUCCCUAGAUUUUCCUAGGUUCCUCAUCUCUAGCAGCACCCCGCGCUGUGAGCCAUACUGUGCUGGGACGGGCUCACCAUGCUGGGAGGGACCCGCCACGCUGGCUGGGACCCACCAUGCUGAGAGAGACCCACCAUGCUGUGUGAGGAGGGACCUACCAUGUGGUACCCAACAUGCUAGAAAUCGAGGAGGGGCCCGCCAUGCUGCGCGAGGAGGGACCUACUAUGCUGUGUGGUAUCCAACAUGCUAGGGAUCGGGGAGGGACCCGCCAUGCUGUGCAAGGAGGGACCCACCCUAUGCAGUGGGGUGAGUUCGCACACGCCCAACCUCUCCCGCAGCGGCACCUCACGAAGCUCUGCAACGAGACAGAGAGGCACAACUUUGUCGGCGACCCCCAGAACGGUAGUGAACAUGAAGCACAUCUCUGGUUACCAAUAGACUAAUGAAGAGGAAAAAACAUAUUUCAAGCUAAUUCGAGCACCUGUGAGUGUGUCCUGGUGAGGCCAGGGAACCCCUCCGUCGCCUGCUGUACAUACUGGUCUGGGCGGGGCUGACCCGUUCCAGUUGCUCAUUUCUCUGUAUUUAUGAUGCCAUGCACUGGAUAAUGACAUCCUUGUGAUACGCUGGUCAAGUCGGCGCUGGCCUCGCCAACUCCAGGUGAGAAGACAGGUCAGGUCGACACACUAUUGUGAUAUGUAUAAACAGGAGGAGGAGUGUAGAGUAGUGUGAAGUACUUUAUUUAGCUGACAAAGGCUGGAGCCUGAAGGUCGGGCAUUACCUCUAUAUUUGUAUGUAAAUGUUGUAUUUAGUAUACAUAAUUAAGUUAUAAGCUCAAGUACAAGCGAUUCAUUGACGAAUAUAUAUAUAUAUACAUACAUAUAUAUAUUAUUGUACUUAUGCCAAAUAAAAUAAUAUUGAUUUAUAA